GGCAACCAUUGAUGAAGUGGAAACAGAUGUGGUGGAGAUAGAGGCAAAGCUUGACAAGCUGGUAAAGCUAUGCAGUGGGAUGAUUGAAGCAGGCAAAGCCUAUAUCACCACGAACAAGCACUUUGUCAGCGGAGUUCGGGACUUGUCGCAGCAGUGCAAGAAGGAUGAAAUGAUUUCGGAGUGCCUCGACAAAUUUGGAGACAGUCUGCAGGAAAUGAUUAACUAUCACAUGAUCCUGUUUGACCAGGCUCAGCGGUCAGUCCGGCAGCAGCUGCACAAUUUUGUGAAAGAUGACGUCCGGAAGUUCAAGGAAACCAAGAAGCAGUUUGACAAGGUGCGAGAGGACAUGGAGAUUUCACUGGUGAAGAAUGCCCAGGCACCUCGGCACAAGCCCCAUGAAGUGGAGGAGGCAACAGGCACCUUGACCAUAACCAGAAAGUGUUUCCGGCAUCUGGCCCUCGACUAUGUUUUGCAGAUCAACGUCCUGCAGGCCAAGAAGAAGUUUGAAAUCCUGGAUGCGAUGCUGUCCUUCAUGCAUGCCCAGUACACCUUUUUCCAGCAGGGCUACAGUCUUCUCCAUGAGCUGGAUCCCUACAUGAAGAAACUAGCCACAGAGCUGGACCAGCUGGUGAUUGAUUCUGCAGUGGAGAAGAGGGAGAUGGAGCACAAGCAUGCGCUGAUACAGCAGAGGUCUCUUUAUUUGCAGGACUUCUCCUACGAUGAUUCAAAGGUGGAGUUUAAUGUUGAUGCCCCAAAUGGAGUAGUGAUGGAAGGCUACCUCUUCAAGAGAGCUAGCAAUGCUUUCAAAACGUGGAAUCGGAGGUGGUUCUCCAUACAGAACAGUCAGCUGGUGUACCAGAAGAAGCUAAAGGAUGUCCUCACGGUAGUGGUGGAAGACCUGCGGCUCUGUACUGUCAAGCCGUGUGAAGACAUAGAGAGAAGGUUUUGCUUUGAGGUCGUCUCGCCUACCAAGAGCUGCAUGCUGCAGGCUGACUCGGAGAAGCUGCGUCAGGCCUGGAUUCAGGCUGUUCAAGCUAGCAUUGCUUCUGCAUACAGGGAGAGUCCUGACAGCUACUAUAUUGAAAGACUGGACCGAACUGCUUCCCCGUCAACUAGCAGCAUUGAUUCUGCUACCGACUCCCGAGAACGCAAUGUGAAAGGAGAGACCAUCUUGCAGAGAGUGCAGAGCAUCCCUGGGAAUGACCAGUGCUGCGACUGUGGUCAGCCAGAUCCUCGCUGGGCCAGUAUCAACCUGGGCAUUCUGCUGUGCAUUGAGUGCUCUGGUAUCCACAGGAGUCUAGGUGUUCACUGCUCCAAAGUCCGAUCUCUCACACUGGACUCCUGGGAACCAGAGUUGCUGAAACUGAUGUGCGAGCUGGGGAACAGUACCAUGAAUCAGAUUUAUGAGGCACAGUGUGAAGAGUUGGGACUUAAGAAACCAACAGCAGGGAGCUCCAGGCAGGACAAGGAAGCCUGGAUCAAAGUAAAGUAUGUGGAGAAGAAAUUCCUGAAGAAGCUGCCAAAUGGGGAGACCCUAACAGAGAAUGAGCGGAAACCUCGACGUUGGUGUGUGAAGAAGUGCCAGAGGAACAACAGCACGACGAAAGCACCCACUGCUCGUAGAAAGUACCGCCAUGAAGCAGGCAGUCCAUCACCAGCCAUGUUCUCGUCAGCAGCUACGCUGGAGAGGAAGUUCCGUCGAGAUUCCCUCUUCUGCCCUGAUGAGCUGGACUCUCUCUUCUCCUACUUUGACACUGGUGCUGGCUCCGGCCCACGCAGUCUGAGCAGUGACAGCGGGCUUGGAGGAAGCACAGAUGGCAGCACUGAUAUCCUGGUGUUUGGCUCUGUGGUGGACAGCGUGACAGAGGAAGAGUGUGAGGUGUCAGAGGAGUCAAGUGGCGAAGCAGAGAUUGAACAGGAAGCAUCAGAUUUGGAGGACCUGAGGGAGCUGCAUCCUGGCUUGUUGAUCUACAAGGCAGCACAAGCCCGAAAUUUGCCUCUCAUGGCAGAAGCACUGGCACAUGGUGCUGAGAUCAACUGGGUGAAUGAUGAAGAUGAAAACAAAACUCCUCUGAUUCAAGCUGUGAUGGGGAAUGGGGCAGAUGUUAACCAAAGAGAUAUCCGAGGUCGGGCUCCCUUGCAUCACGCCACGUACUUAGGGCAUACCGGUCAGGUCUGCUUGUUCCUCAAGCGAGGGGCAAAUCAGCAUGCGGUGGAUGGCGACGGGCAGGACCCACUCAGUAUUGCUGUCCAGGCAGCCAAUGCAGACAUAGUUACCUUGUUGCGUCUGGCUCGAAUGAAUGAGGAGAUGCGAGAAGCAGAGGGCCCCUUUGGACAACCAGGAGAUGCUACCUACCUGGACAUCUUCCGGGAGUUCUCUCACAUGGCUUCGAACAACCCGGAGAAACUCAAACGGAGGAGCCUACAUUUCAGCCACUCCUGCAGAUAG